AUGCUCACAUCACAUCUCUAUUGGUUUCUUUAUCGUCGUCGACAUAAAUUCUUAAUUUUUCUUAUUAUUAUAUUUUGUAUAUUAUUUUUCUUCUAUGGAAAUGAUUAUAAAGUAUCAUCCGAAACUAAAAAACCAUUAGAUAAACCAAAAAUAAUUUCUAAUAAAAGAAAAAUACGUAUUAAUCGAGAAACAUAUUCAACACCAGAACCAUGUCAAGGUUGUCCAGGUGAAAAUGGACAAGGUGUACAAUUAACAGCUGAAGAAUCGAAAAAUUUAGAUGUUGUGAUGAAAAAAGAAUUUUUUAAUUUACGUGCAAGUGAUAAAAUUUCAUUAUGGAGAUCAUUACCAGAUACUCGUGAUCAAUUAUGUAAAUCUACUGAAUAUCCAAAAGAUUUACCAACAGCAUCAGUUGUAAUAGUAUUUAAAAAUGAACGUUGGUCACCAGUUCUUCGAACAGUUUAUUCUGUACUUAAUCGAUCACCAAAACAUUUACUUAACGAAGUUAUUUUAGUUGAUGAUCAAUCAGAUAUUGAGGAAAUGGGUCAACGUUUAGAUGAUUAUUGUGAAGAACAUUUUGGUGAUUUAGUACGUAUUUUACGUGCACCAACAAGACUUGGAUUAAUUAAAGCAAAAAAUUAUGGUGCAAAAAAUGCUACUGGAGAUGUUGUUGUGUUUCUUGAUGCACAUUGUGAAGCAAAUGCUGGAUGGCUUGAACCAAUAGUUUAUCGUAUUCAACAAAAACGAACAGCUAUACUUUGUCCUAUAAUUGAUGGAAUAAAUAGUUAUGCUUUAUCAUAUCAUAGAGGUUUCUCUAAUACUGUUGGAACAUUUACAUGGUCACUUCAUUUUUCUUGGUCUAAUAUGUUUUCUCGUAUUUACAAUACACGAAAAUCAUCAGUUGAUCCUUUCCCGUUAGAACCGCUUUUGCUUCGAAUUAAAGAAAAACGUUCAGCUAUUUUAUGUCCGGGUAUAGAUAUGAUUAGUGAUCAAAAUAUGGCUUAUGGUGGUACGGGUGAUGGUAGUGUAGGUGGUUUUUGGUGGUCAUUACAUUUUAAUUGGGUACCGAUUCCAGGUCGUAUACGUAAUGCAAAAAAAUCAAGAAUUGAUCCGUAUCCAUCACCAACAAUGGCUGGUGGUCUUUUAGCUGCACAUAGAGAAUAUUUUUUUGAAAUUGGUGGUUAUGAUGACGAUAUGGAAGUAUGGGGUGGUGAAAAUCUUGAAAUAUCAUUUCGUGUAUGGAUGUGUGGUGGUAGUCUUGAAUUUGUUCCAUGUUCUCGUGUUGGUCAUAUAUUUCGACCAGGUCAUCCAUAUAAUAUGACUGGAGAAAAAGGUAAAGGUGAUGUACAUGGUCGAAAUUCAAUGCGACUUGCUGAAGUAUGGAUGGAUGAUUAUAAACGUUUUUAUUAUAUGCAUAGACAUGAUUUAAAAGGUAAAGAUUUUGGUGAUGUUGAAAGUCGUCGAGAAAUUCGUAAACGUUUAAAUUGUCAUUCAUUUAAAUGGUAUCUUGAUAAUGUAUUUCCUGAAAAAUUUAUUCUUGAUGAAAAUGUUCAUGCAUAUGGAGAAGUUCGAAAUCCAUCAUCAAGUUUAUGUUUGGAUACAUUAGGUAGAGAUGAAAAAGGUUCAAUAUCAUUAUCAAUAUUUUCAUGUCAAAAUGGUGUAUCAGCAAAUCAGUAUUUUUCAUUAUCAAAAAAAGAUCAGUUACGUCGUGAAGAUACAUGUGCAGUUGCAUUAGGACAAGAUUCGGAUACAAUGACUGUUUCUCUAUCUCCAUGUGAUUAUGCUGGUAGCAAUCAAAAAUGGGUACAUGAAAAACGUGGAUCAAUUGUUCAUUAUCCAAGUAAACUUUGUCUUGAUGUAGAAGGUCUUUCAAAUAAUGAUCAAGUUAAAUUAAGAAAAUGUGAACCAAAUAAACUAUCACAAAAAUGGCUAUUUGAACAUUAUUCAACAACUUAA